GUGUUUUGUAUACGUGUUUGUUUGGUCUUUGUAAAUUAGUAGCUUUGUAGCUMCAUAAUAAUCAUGUAAAUUAGUCAAAAGACAACUUGACUGGUACUAUAGAUGUUUUUCAUGUUUUGAACAGAUAAUUUGUUAAAUUUCAUCCAUAGCCAAUUGUUAUGAAAAUGUUUUUGUUAAUCAUUCAAAGUGUUUCUGUGAUACUCAGAGGCUGAUCACUUGGUGAUUGAGCUAAUCUGACAUACCGGUAUGACAUAAGAUAGCCAUGAGCGCUGGUGAAGACCCCUGCCUACACAGUCUAGCCAAUCUGAGACCACUGCAUGUACACUAAGUAUCACAUCUGUAAUUACACAAUAUUAUCUGUAUGGAGCCACAUGCAAUUGCGCCAUCCUUGGAAUAUCAGGGCAAGUGUGGUGUGUAUCUUUCAGGAGUCCCUCCACUCUCCCCACUAAACAAUCAUUCUGAUGUACUGUAACUUUGUCUACAAAACAUUGUCUYUUGACCAAUUUACAUGAUUAUUAUGGAGCUAAUCCAAAACCAGAGAUUUAUCGUUUUAAUAGACUUCAGAGAUUUGAGAAGAAACAAAGUUAUUGCCAGACAUGCCAUCUGUUUCAAUAUGGUAAGCAAUCAUUUUAAGAAUAAAAAGUAGGUCAUAUUGAGUGUAAAUGUGAUAUAAUACAGAUCAGUCUGCAUUGGACAUUCUGUGAAUGUCAGAACAUUGUGUUAUACCUACACACAUAGAGACAAUGAAAGUCUGCAGACUGGAUGACGGAUUCAGAGCCCGACUGGGGCCAAACUGAGGGUUAACGUUGUUUGAGAACAGACUGUUACUACCAUAUAUUGUCAACUCCUCUUUUAUAUAGACAGAAACUUGAAGGCCUACAUGUUUGUGUUGCAUUUGCCAGCCACUUGAUGGUGCAAGUGUAACUCAUAUCACAGCAUUGACACUGCACUAUGCAUACUGUGUGUGCUUGUGUGUGUGAGAGUAUGUGUGAAUGAGGGGUGAAGGGGGACUGAUUGCCUGAAACAGAACAGUCGCACCCCAUAAACGGCGAAACAGUCGAUCUUGUGCCAUGCUGCCGUUGGUCCUCCUAGGUUUUGGCGUUGCCUUUUCAUUGGGACAGAAUGACACGGGGCCUCUUGUUUUGGAGGGAAAGUGUCUGGUGGUUUGUGAUGCGAACCCGUCUGCAGAGGGAGCGUUCACCUCUUCCUUCGGGAUAUCUGUCCGGGCAGGCGACGCUAAAGUGGCUUUCUCUGCGCUCAGGGGAACCAACCACGAACCUUCCUCUAUGAGCAAUAAGUCUCUGACCAUCUACUUUGAUCAGUUACUAGUAAACAUUGGCAACCAUUUUGAUCUGCAAGCAAGUGUAUUUCAAGCACCAAGAAGAGGCAUUUACAGUUUCAGCUUCCAUGUGGUGAAGGUUUACAACCGGCAGACUAUACAGGUGAACUUGAUGCACAACGAAUACCCUAUCAUAUCAGCUUUCGCCGGGGACCAGGAUGUCACUCGAGAGGCUGCGAGCAAUUCAGUUCUUCUGCACCUGGAACGGGGGGACAAACUCUACUUGAAGCUUGAGCGGGGAAAUCUAAUGGGUGGAUGGAGGUACUCAACGUUUUCUGGAUUCUUGGUUUUUCCACUCUAAGUCUCAAAUCAAGUGAUAUUUAUUUUAUUCAAGGACGUUGGCCACCCUUCUUUGGACUUUAAUUAUGAAGAAAUGUAUAACUGACUGAGAUAAAGUAGGGCUAUUUUGGUCAUAUAUGAUGAAAUUAUUCUGUGCUAUAAUGUUGGGAUUUGUAUUGCUGAAUGUGAAUGAUUGUUGGUAUAAUAUGAUCUAAACUGCGAAGAGUAGCCUGUUCAAGCGAAUGUUAGUUGUACUCAUUCAGUAGCUAUCCAAGGUCCUGAAUCCGCAUACACAGAUAUACUCGGUAGCUGUCAGUGGUGCUUAAAGUGCAUCGAGCCAACAGGUGGCGAUUGAAUGUUGGCUCUGGUGUCAACGUUGUUGCCGUAGUGUAAUUGAA